AUGUGGACCUUUAUAUUUCUUUAUACCCUGGGACUGAACAUCUUCCAGGCUACAGGAACAGAAUACUCAACCCAAAUGUACUAUGUCAAACUGACCAUAGACCAAAAUGCAGUUGAGAGAGUUGAAAAAGAGCUACUGACACCAUUUGUGCGUGACGACAGGCUGAAUGUUGACGGCCUGAAAUUCACAACAACUUGUGAGACUAACGAGAACAAAGCAACGUGUGAGUGUGAUGAUGGCUACAAAUGGAGUCAGUGUCAGUCUGAUCAGGAUGACUGUGACAAACAAGUCUUCAACAAAGAGCCGAUUCCCUCAUGUAUUUCAAAAUCUACAGUUAUUAUCAAUGGACCGCUUCAUUUGAUUAACCAAUCCUACACGACUUGUUUAUAUGUUGAUGGUGAUGCUUGUCGGGAAGACCUGGUGAACAAGAUAACAGCACCAUCUCACAUUGUGCCUUACUCCUCUGAGCAAUUUAUGAGUUGCUCAGUGAUGGAAAGCCUGGGAGUGACAGCGGAGUGGACUCUGAGAACUACGGACAACAUAGAAGAUGAAAUAACAGAUGGCACAGUGUCCAAUGUGACAUCAACAUUUAAAAAUUCCACAGUCAAACUCAGAGAUGUAACAGAGCGCUGGGCAGGAGAGUACACAUGUACCUACAGGCAACACUUAGAGAACGUAAAAAUAUUACACAAGGCAAGCACUAAAUUGGACGUGGCUCUCCUGCCAGACAUCUACAUCUCUGCAUCUCCAUCAUUUCCACACUGCAAAAAGUCUGCCGCUGUGAAAGUCAAAUGUGAGAUACAGAAAAGCAAUGAAAGUUACAAAGUGGAGUGGGAGCCAAAAAAUAUAAUGUCAGGAAAAAAACAGUCAGAUAAAAAUGAAAAAAUCUGUAACGCUGAAAAUGAAUGGGAAGACACCCCGGCUGAUGUGACUGCAAUAGUGAGAUGUGACAAAGAAGUUGGAUUUAAACAGAGGCAUUGCAAUGCAAAUUUGACAUGGGGAGCGGUGAGGUCAGCGUGUGUGGACCUGGAAGUGAACCGUGUGCUGCAAAGCGCGAUUACUGCUGACAGUGGACGUGGCCUACUAGAUCAAAAUGCUGCUAGUGUGUUUAAACGUCUCGAAAGAGUCACUAAUAACACAAAGACUAUCAACACUUUUUCCAAUAUGAAUGCAUCUGUUGAAGUACUCACCAGUUUGAGUACCAAGCUGCAGGAAAAUAGUGAAAGUAUAAACAAUGACACAACAGUGAAUGAUGUUCUGCAGUCAUCCAGCAAUAUGCUGGACUCAUCUCUUGAACAAACAUGGAAAGAAAAUGAUGAAAAUUCAGAAAAUUUGACAUUGGCUGAGAGAUAUCUGAGUUCUGUUGAGCAGUUAAUUGAUGUGACAAAUACAACAAAUAACUACAGUAAAUCAAAUCUAGAGUUAAAAGUCAACAAUUGCGAACAGGGGAGCUGUAGCCACUCUGUGUUUGGUGUCAGUGUCUCUCUUAGUGAAAUAGACCCUGACAGUGUAAAAACAGCCGGGUUUCAACAACUGAACAGGUAUUUGCCCAACUUGACAGACUACCAGACUAACAGCAUUGUUGUGUCAACAACUACUGGCAAAAAGCAAACGAAGGGACUUAAAAUUAAACUUACAUUUCCAUUAAUCACUCCAAGGACUCGCAACUUUGAGAUAAAAUGUGUUGCGUGGAACAAUUCUACCAGAGAAUGGUCAUCAGAAGGAUGCAAGUGGGGUGGUGCUUAUCAUGAGGGAGAGUGCACAUGCGACCAUUUGUCCUCAUUUGCUAUUCUAAUGUCAGUGAAACCAUUGACAACCGCUGGGCUAACAGAGAUAACCUACGUUGGACUGUCUAUAUCGAUCGUGUCACUCAUUCUCAGCCUCGCAAUAGAACUGAGUGUCUGGAGUGCCUUAGUUAAGUCAGAUGCUUUACAUUUACGGCACACUGCCCACAUAAACAUCUCUCUUUGUUUGCUGAUUGCAGAUUGUUGUUUUGUAGCAUCUUCUACGCCGAAGUCUAUUAGUCCAAUCUGGUGUAAGACUUCUGUGGUGUUGAAGCAUUUCUGUUAUCUGGCCAUGUUCUUUUGGAUGUUGUGUCUGAGCACCACGAUUCUUCAUCAAACACUUUUCCCUUUCCAUAAUGUGAGCAAGAAGAACUACCUGAGGUUCGCCUUAAUCUUGGGCUAUGUGUGCCCGUUUCUUAUCGUUGCUAUCACGUUUCUUACCAAUGACGCUGGUAAAGAAGGAGAAUACUACUCCAAGGAGACAUGUUGGCUGAUUUAUGAGGGCUUGCUGAAAGGGUCCAUCCAUACGUUUAUCAUACCAGUUGGUAUAAUUGUUUUUGUCAACAUUUUCUGCAUGGUGGUGGUAAUCAUGAAGCUUUUGGAACAUCCUAAGAAUAUAAUUAAAUCUAAUGGGAAUGAAAAAGCAGCUGUCAAAACGGUCCUGAGGUCCGUUAUCCUUCUGACUCCAAUCUUUGGUGGGACAUGGGUUCUUGGAUUUGGUGUAACAGUUUUUGACCUUUCAUAUGGUGUGCCUGCCGAUGUGGUCAAUUACGCCUUCACCCUGAUGAAUUCACUCCAGGGUUUGUUCAUUUUGUUGACCACAUGCUUGGCGGAAAAACGGACACGUGAAGCACUGAUGAAACAUCUCAGAAAAGAUGUAAGUGCACCACAACUGGAUUUAGUCAUAUGA